UAGGAGAGGAAAGCGGAGUCGCGGGCGUCACCGCUGCGUUUGCGGGCUUUGUUCCGUGGAAGUGAGGAGACAUGCAAAGCUGGGGUCGCGCCUGGCUGAGGAGGGCCAGGCGGCUCUGGGUUUCUUGCAGCGAAAUGGCGGCAAGCCGGACGGUCUGUGGGCGCACCUUGAGCCUGCGGGCAGCGCUCGGUAACCACUGUAUUCUGCCUCCUCAACUAAAUCAAGGAGUUCUGUUUAGGAAACCUAAAAUUCAGUUAACACACAGUGCACAUGCCAGCUUGACUGACGUAUGGAACAAAAUAUCCUGCACAAUCCAGCUAUUCAGCACUUCUCACACAACAGUGGAUCCAAAGGAAAUGAAGAAGUUCCAGCUCAUGGCACACAAAUGGUGGGAUGAGGAUGGAGAUUAUUCAGCCCUUCAUUCCAUGAAUGAUAUUAGAGUUCCAUUUAUUCGAGACAUUGUUCUAAAUAUGAGAAGAGAUUGUCCUCUGGGAAGCCCUCUGUCUGGCAUGAAGAUCCUGGAUGUUGGCUGUGGUGGUGGACUGUUGACUGAGCCCCUAGGUAGGUUGGGAGCUUCAGUUACUGGCAUUGAUCCAUUGGAAGACAACAUCAGAACAGCUGAACUGCAUAAAUCAUUUGAUCCUGUCCUAGCCAAGAGAAUACUGUAUAAAUCCUGUUCACUAGAAGAUCUUGUGGAAGAAGCUUCGGAAAUCUUUGACAUCAUUGUAGCUUCUGAAGUAGUAGAGCAUGUGGCUGAUGUGGAAAUGUUUGUCAGGUGCUGCAGUGAAGUGUUAAAACCGGAUGGCUGUAUAUUCAUAACUACAAUCAACAAAUCACAGUUGUCUUACAUCUUGGGCAUUGUAGUUGCUGAGAAAAUACUGGGCAUUGUUCCUGCAGGCACCCAUGAUUGGGAGAAAUUCAUAUCUCCUGAAGAACUGGAGCGGAUCCUAGAAUCAAAUGGUUUUUCAGUCCAGACAGUGAAAGGAAUGUUAUACAACCCUCUCCUUGGAUCCUGGAGCUGGACUGGAACCACUAGCGUUAACUAUGCCCUCCAUGCUGUGAAGUGCAGUGUGCAGGAACAGUCAAGUCCAAGCGAGUCACCUCUGGAGACAGACAGACAAAGUACAGUUCCAAACGGAAGCUAGUAUUGGAACCAGUAUUUGAGGCAGGUGGCAAGUUGGAAGACAGAGGAACAUUUGCAUAAAUGGCUGUCAUAAUAAACCAGCAAGGAAUGAAUAGCCUUGUGUUUGUAGUGCUGGAUGUCAAAGAGUGUCUGCCUGCCUGUUCCAGAGCAGUCUUGAGGGAGAAGAAUUGUUCUUUCUUUAUGGUAACAAAUGAACAGUUCUCAUUUGGGUUAUCCUGAAUAAGAAGUCAAUUGUGUAUCUACUGAUCAGGUAUUUGGGGCAAACUGUUAGAAGAGACUGGCUGUUCAUGGACUGGUUCUUUUAGUGGUGCCGUGUUUGUAAAGAAUAAUCUAUAUGUUGUCAAAUACUUUUUGUGGAUGUUUUUGGCAUAAAAUGAAAUUAUUUAUAUCA